UAAAACAAUUGGCCAAUAUAUUAAUAUGUACAGUAGAAAUAAAAUUGUUCCAUGUAACUUCAUUGAGUGCCUUUAACACUGAAAUUCCCGACGCCCUUUGAUGCUUUGCAUCAAUACUUAUCUUGUUAAUUUUCAUCUUAUUUCAAAGCAUUUAACGUUUAACAUUUUUAGUAUUUGUUAUAAAUACCAAAAUUUAUAAACCUUAAGCAAUGGUUUUACAUUCAUUUUUAUGUUGUAUCGAUUAUAAAUGCAAGAACUACGAUAUUGUGGAAUGAUCGAUAUGGGGUUUUUUCAAGCUUGUGACAGUGGUUCCUUUGGGAUGAACUGCUCCUUCCCCUGCCAUUGUCAGGAAGGCAUAGGCUGUGACCACGUGUCUGGCAACUGUUCUGACAAAGAGUGUUCGCCGGAAUGGACAGGUCAUAACUGCAGCACAGAAUGCAUGCAGGGCUCUUUUGGAAAGAAUUGCGCGUCGUUAUGUCAUUGCAAAGACAACUCUGUGUGCGACCAUAUCAACGGUCACUGUCCAAGCAAUUUGUGUUCAAAAGGCUGGCGAUUCGAUAAUUGCAGUAUUGCACAUACCUUUCCCACGGUAUCUGAUAAAGAUUCAAAAGGAAUACCAAUAAGUGCGUUUGUAGCAGUAGUAGUGUUCCUUGCGAUUGCUGUUGGGUGUAAUAUCGUACUUGCCACAUUUUACAUAAAGCUAAGGAGGAAGAGGCAGUCCGGUACGGAGAACAAUACGAUAGUUACAAGUCCGUCAUCACUCAGAUCAGAUGAGUACGACACGAUAUCUCCACGGUUACAAGAAACAAACGACUACGAAGGUCUUCAAAUGGAAACAAGAACAUAUUAUAAUGAUUAACACAUCAUUAUAACUAUAGUUGCAUUUUUUUGAUGCAAAUGUCUGUUUGUGUUUAAUCGACAGACAUAUGUGUUAUACUUAAAGUGCAUACUUGCACAAUUUCUAUUAAAACUAACGAUAUAAUGACCAAACUUUUCCAGAGGAAACUCAAAGAAUUGUCAAAUUCAAUUUAAUACCUUUACAUACGGUACAGUUAAGAAAGUCGCGUUUUUAAAUAUAUAAAUCAUAUAUUAUAUUAUACUCUGCAAGUGUUUAUUGUGCAACCAUUUGAAAUCCUAUGUUAAUGUCUAUAUUACCAAGUAUAGGAACAUAUUUAUAUUAAAUUAGCAUUCACUUUUCGAUGAAAGCAUUUGAUGCACAAAUGCUAAAGUUAACGAUUGACUAGACAAUGCUGAAGGGCUAAGAUAUCAAUCACCACGUUUGUGUGGAUAGGAACCGAGUCAUGUAAUUAUUGUGCUUAUACAUGUGUUAAUUUCCGAAUAAUUUAUGGGGCUUUGUAAGCUACGCAAACCAAUUACAUAGUUACAUAGUUCUCUUUAUGUAUGUUACUCAAGUUAAAUUGUCAUUAUGAUAUGGCUUAUCGUUUUGCUACUUCAAUUCAAUUGUUUAAUGAUUAUAUUUUACGUAUUUUUUAUUUCAUUUUUCAAUGU